AGCUUCGUCACCGAACCUUACUUUAUAUAUUAGUCCUUCUUCUUCUCAUCUUCUCGCAACGUAGGUUCUGGUGAAUGAUCCUAAUCCGUUUAGCUUUUAAAAAAAUAAGAAGACAUAUUUAUCAACUUGAUCAACUUGAGCAAGUUGCAGCAGAUAUUUUCCUCGGCCAAGGUAAAGAUCUGAUGUUGUCUUCUUCUCUACUCGAUCAAUUUCUAUAUUUGAAGUUCGUGGAUUUUGAAGGAUUUGAUUGGUUUCCAUGGUAUUAGAUCUCUGUGAUGGUUGUUGAUCUAUCUUAAAACUUGAUUUAUCUUCAGUUCUCUCGAUUUCAAACUUGUACUUGUCCUACUUCAAGUGAUCUAAUCGGAAACUUAUUGUUGCUAUGUUUACUGAUCGUACAGAUCUAUUGAUCUAAGGAUUAAGCUAUGUUGUGAUUGAGUUGUUAGAUUUGAAUUUGAAUUUGAACUGAGCUUGUUUGUUUGUGUGUGCAGAUCUAGAGUUUUGAGAAUGGCGAUGGUAUCAGGAAGACGAUCUACUCUAAACCCCGACGCACCUCUUUUUAUUCCGGCAGCUGUACGACAAGUGGAAGAUUUCUCACCGGAGUGGUGGCAAUUGGUGACAACUUCGACUUGGUACCCUGAUUACUGGAUCAGUCAGCAGCAGCAAGGCGCGGAUGGUUUCUAUGACAACGGAGAGAAUGAGAAUGGUGGAGGUCAUAUCGAUGUAGCUGAUCUUCUUCCAGAAUCAUUUGAUUUUGAUGAUAUGGAAGAUUUCUUUGACACUGAUGCUGCUGAGUUUGAUCAAGGAUUCGAUGGAAGAAUGUAUUACCAAGCACCUUCCGAAUUUGGCUUUGGAAAGAAUGGUGAGAUGGUUAAGAAAUCAAGUGGAAACAGGAGCCCGAGAUCGAUUGUGGAACCAGCUAAGUAUGCGGAAAAGCCAGCGAAAUGGGGAAACCAGAGGGUUGCUGCUGCUCCGAGAAACAUCCACCAGCCUCGCUGAAGAGAUAUGUUGUUAACUAGUCAGAGAAGUCAGAGCAGUUCGGUCUGUGUAUCUUUAGCCACCACUGUACCUUUGUAAUUUUUAGUAUUUGCUUCCACAACAAAAAUCUGUAACUUUGUAUCUUUAUGAUGUUCAUUCUCAAACUUGCUAUCACAAAAAUGUAAAAACAUAAAAAAAAAAAAAUGUAAACUUUGAAGAGAAAUGAGAACUAGAGUUUAUUUCCUACCU